AUGAAUAACCAUGACCAAUUGCAGCAACAACAACAACAACAACAAGAAGGAGAAGAAGAAAGGCAACAACUACAGAAUCGUCAUACAGAAUUAAUUGAUUCCAAAGUAGACAUAAAACAACAACAACAACAACAACAACAAAAUAGAAAACAACAACGUAAUUAUCAAGUAUUUCCAGGAAAUAGCAAAUUCUUUUGUGGAGGAAGAUUCAUGACAAGUAAAGCAUACUGGGCAUUUAUCAUUGCUAUGAUCCUAGUGAUAGCUCCAAGUGUCUUGUUUAGCAUUUUUACUUGUCCUUUUUUGUGGUCAAAUAUUCAUCCUGUAGUUCCUAUCUUGUAUGCUUAUCUCUUUGUCAUUGCUAUGGUUUCCAUGCUUAAAACAUCUUGGACUGAUCCUGGGGUGAUUCCUCGUGGACUUGAUCCUACACCUACUCUAGAAACUUUUGAUGAUCAUUCUUCUAUUUGGACACAACCUUUUCCUGCUGAUCGUUGCGUGAAAAUUAAAGAUGAAAUGUGGAAUCUCAAAUAUUGUUCAACAUGCAAGAUUUAUCGUCCUCCCAGAGCAAGUCAUUGUCGUCAAUGUGAUAACUGUGUUGAAAAUGAAGAUCAUCAUUGUAUUUGGCUCAACAAUUGUUUUUUUUUGUUAUGGAUGGUAGGUGGUUUAACUUUAUAUCAUUGUCAUUUGGUAUGGAAAGGCCUAUCAACACACGAAAAGUUACGCUCUAACGUCUAUGAUACUCAAACUCAUGCGCAUGCAAAUCCUUAUGGCAAGAAAAAUCCAUUUGUGAAUAUCUUUCAAGUCCUUUGUCGUCCUCAACCGAAAAGGUAA